ACAAAUAAAAAUAAAAGAAAAUAAGAAAAGUAUAGGGAAUCGAAAGCCAGAACCAUCUAGGGUUUGGGUUUCCCUUGAAUCUCUACUUCUUUGUAGAUCAAUCUCUUUAUCCUUCUCCCUAUCUGCACUUCGUUUUCCUAGAAAAAGAUCGGAACCAGUGAGAAGAUUAGGGCUUUUAUUCACAUUAAAUUGUUAAUACUUUGAAUCGAAAUAGUAGAAUAAGGCUUUUGAAUCUCAUCGAUCCGUCGUAAAAUAUCGUCCUUGAUUACAUUUAGUUUGUUGACAAUCGAAGCGGGAACAAGUGCGGGAUUUUUUUCUGUUAAUAUGCGGGGAACGCAGAAAUCAAAAAGGGUAUCUUGGGCUCCAGAUGUAAACCUUUGUCAGAGGUGUAGGUAUCUGUCAAUGCAGGCAUUUCAUUUGUCCUCUAAUGCAAGACUGCAAGAGCACCUGCAUUAAUGAUUCCAGUGUGUCCCAAUCGAGUACCCAACUUAUUUGCAUUGGCCAGGCAUAGUGGAAGCCAGAUGAGUCCAUUGCAGUAUUUGACUCUAUCUAACCUGAUGAAGGCCACUUGAAAGCGGAUUGGAGGAUCUGCGUUCCUGUUGGCAUCAUCCUUUUUGGAGCUUCUUUUAGACGUGAGGUUGUUCUUAUCCGAGGAUUCUCCUUCACAAGUUGGAAUUGGAGCUCAAGAUCACCUCCAAGCUAAGACAUCAUGGCUGCUGCACUCAACUGGGAUGAACUCUGAUGACCAACUUCCUCCUGGGUUUGAAGGAGCUCAUCCUGCUAACCAGUUGAAGAAAGAAUUAUCCCAGAUCCCUCUUGUCAAAUGGAAAUGUCCUCCCAAAUUUAUGUUGAAUCCCAAUUGGCAAGUGGUGGCUGGAGAAGAAAGCAAAGAGGCAGAGGUUCAAAAUCAGCGAGAAAUGCGAGUACUUGAAGCAGUUUAUCCUCGCCCUUCUUCCAUUCCUCCAAGUCCCUCCGUUUCAGCGGACAUAGAAAACUAUAGUCAGGAUGAUAAUGAAGUUCUUCUUAUUCCCAUUAUACCUAUUGAGGAUGAAGAUGCAGCUGAUCAAUCGUCCAAUUCUGUGGUUCCAACUACCACUCCCAUUAGUGUGCAGCAGCCAGUUUUUCCACAAGGUUUGUUGGUUCCUGGAUCCGUGCACUCCUCUAAAUGCAACUUACCUGUUUCUCCAAAGCCUAUGGCCAAUGAAAAACCUGCUUCUAUGACUGUUCCUGGUGUAGAACCCGAUGUAGUUGCUGCGGCCUCUGCAGCAUUUACUUCUAUCAUGCGGAGUAACGAGCAGGGAAGUUUGAUUGAUCAUGAAUUGCUCGUUAAAAUAUUGAGUAACCCAAAACUGAUCGAGAAGUUGGUCACAGAUCAUGGAAAACCCCUCAAUCCACAAAUGGCAGUGAAGCCGAGAUCACCACCAGUGACCCCAUCCGUCCCACAGGCAUCUCCACAUUCUGUCCAUAUUAGCAGGAUAGAAUCUGAAGUGCCCUUUUCAACAGCUCCUGCAACAGGGAGCUUCUAUCCUGCGACAACUGCAGUAGUAGCCAACUUGAAUUCACGGCCGCCCCCUUCUGGAGUUAUUCCCAUCUCUAAUACUGUUCCAAAAGUGCCUCCUGUGAAAGAUUUAAAUUAUUAUAAAAACCUGAUUCAACAACAUGGAGGAGAAAGACAAGAUGUUCAGGAACCCACCCUUCCUCAUUUUGGUAACCGUCAUAACCACCAUAGUUUGGGUGCAAACCAAGAACCAAUACAGAGCACAAAACCAAGGGAAUCAAAACCCAAGAUCCCAAAACCAUGUAUCUACUUCAACAGCUCAAGGGGAUGUCGGCACGGGGCCAAUUGUGCUUAUCAGCAUGAUUCCUCGCUUCAGCAAAGAACCAGCAGCGUGCAGGAGACACAAAGUGCCAAAAGAAUGAAAUUGGACAGGGAAAUAACAGGAAGGUCGUAAUGAGUGCCGUUGAGAGUUGCUGCAUGUAAUUAUUUCCAGAGGAAUUUUAACGAUACCAGGGCAUCUUACUUUAAACAUUCAUUUCUCAGUAAAUAGAAUCCAUCCUUCUUUCA